AUGCCACUUAGUGACAACGUACUCGGAGGAUCGUCAGAUGAAGGAUCUGAAUAUGAUAAUCCACCACCAGUUGUGAUUGAUUUUGGAAGUGGUGUGUUUAAGGCUGGUAUUGCUGGUGAAGAAAUUCCAUCAUGUUGUUUUCAGAAUGUUGUCGGUUUGCCACAUCUGGACGAUGAAAAUGAAUAUUUGAAUGAGGAAUUUCUAGUUGGUGAUAAGGCUUUAGAUCAACGACACUCUCAUCAAUUGUUCUAUCCGAUGGAUAAAGGACAAGUUGAAGAUUGGGAACAAAUUGAAUUUCUUAUUGAGUAUGCCUUGUUGGAUGUUUUGGAUGUUGAACCAGAGGACACAUUAUUACUCAUCACUGAUAAUCCAAUGAGUACAAAGAAGGAAAAGGAAAAGAUGGCUGAAUGUUUGUUUGAAUUGUUUUUAAUUCCUGGUUUGUGUUACAUGCCACAACCAUUAUUAUCCCUCUACAGUGUUGGUAAAACAACUGGUUUGGUAAUUGAUUCUGGUGAUUGUGUUUCACACACUGUUCCUGUAUUUGAAGGAUUUAUCAUUGAUCAUGCUAUGAAUCACUUGGAUUUUGGAGGAAGAGAUGUAACACAUUACUUGCAAAGAAUGCUCUACUCAAAGGGUUAUAGAUUUGCUAGCUCUUCAGAACAUCACUUUGUAAGAGAAAUUAAGGAAUCAUUUGCCUACGUUUCUCAAAACUUUGAAAAGGAAAAGAAGAAACCCUAUUCAGAGAUUAAGAAGGAUUAUGAAUUACCAGACGGGCAAAUUAUUACUCUUGAUGAGGAAUUAUUUGCUUGUACAGAAUUAUUAUUCAAUCCAUCUUUGAUGGGAAAGGAUGCUCCUGGAUUAGCAGAGCUUGUUUUUGAUACAUUCAAAGCAAGUCCUAUUGAUGUCAGAAAAGAUUUUUAUAAUUCAAUUGUCUUGUCAGGUGGUAAUACUCUCUUCAAUGGUUUUAAGGAAAGAAUUAAAUUGGAAUUGGAAAAUAAUGAAAAGAGUUUCAAACCUUUCAAAGUUUUGGCUGAUCCAAUGAGACAAUUCAGUGCUUGGAUGGGUGGAUCUGUUAUUGCUAGUUUACCAACCUUUGAAGACGCUGUUGUGACAUACGAAGAUUGGGAAGAUUAUGGCCCAAGAAGUUUGUAUCAAAAGAAAUCAAAUUUCAACUUGUAA